ACCAACCCGUCCCAGGAAGCAGCUUUUCAGAAUCAGCGUGGCCAUGCGGCGCCAGGUGCUCUUUGCUGCCGUGUUCCUGACCUUGCUGGUCUUUGCUUAUGCCCAGGAGGAGAAGGAGACGAUGCUGGACCUGUUCCAGGACUAUGUGCAGCAGGCAGCCCGACAAGCCCAGGAGGCUCUGAACACCGUGCAUGAGUCUCCAAUGGCCCAGCAGGCCAAGGGCUGGAUGUCUGACAGCUUCAGUUCUCUGCAUGGGUACUGGAAUACUUGGGCAGACAAGUGGUCUGGCCUGUGGGAUACAGCCGAGCCGGCAGUGGCAAAAGAUGCUUAAAGGAGACUCAGCUCCAUCAUUUUGUGUAUUCUCCUGUCCACCUUCCAGCCUUCCUGCAUCCUCCUGUCUCCAAGGCUUCCUGGAUUCUUCUCCUAUGUCUCAGGAAAAGCAUCUGCCCCCAGUCAAGCACUGCCCUCCAAAUAAAGCCAGAUAAGAACA